AUGCAUUGGCAACUUUUGGCUCUCCUCUCCCUUGUUUGUCAGACGCUUAUAUUGACGUUAGCUGCGAGAAAACAAAGUGAGAGCUGGCGACAGGACUGCAGGAGCUGUCAGGAGUGUUCGAAGGAAAAUGGCUGCCUGCGCUGCUCUGAGCGCCUCUUCCUGUUCCUGAACAGAGAUGGCAUGAGUCACCACGGCUCUUGUGUUCACUCCUGUCCCUCUGGACACUUCGGCCUCCGAGGCAAAGAUCUCAACCGCUGCAUGAAAUAA